AUGGCCACCCACGCAGCUCUCGCGGCCUCGCGCAUCCCCACCAGCGCCCGUCUGCACAGCAGGGCGGCGUCCAGGCAGAGGGUGGACUUCGCCGACUUCUCCGGGCUCAGGCCGGGAUCUUGCUCCGUGAGCACUGUCGCGACGGAGGCGUCCUUCUCCGAAGUCCUUGGCGCGCAACUCGUCGCCAAGGCCACCGGAGAGAACGCCGUGAGGGCGCCCGCUGAGGCGAAGCUGAAGGUCGCCAUCAACGGCUUCGGCCGCAUUGGCCGGAACUUCCUCCGGUGCUGGCACGGCCGUGAGGACUCCCCGCUCGACGUCGUCGUCGUGAACGACAGCGGAGGCGUCAGGAACGCGUCUCACCUUCUCAAGUACGACUCCAUGCUCGGAACCUUCAAGGCUGACGUCAAGAUCCUCGACGACACGACCAUCAGCGUCGACGGCAAGCCCAUCACUGUCGUCUCCAGCAGGGACCCUCUCAAGCUCCCAUGGGCUGAGCUCGGCAUUGACAUCGUCAUCGAGGGCACCGGAGUCUUCGUCGACGGCCCCGGCGCCGGCAAGCACAUCCAGGCUGGCGCAAAGAAGGUCAUCAUCACUGCUCCGGCCAAGGGCGCCGACAUCCCGACCUAUGUCGUCGGUGUCAACGAGGGUGACUACGACCACGGCGUGGCCGACAUCAUCAGCAACGCUUCCUGCACGACCAACUGCCUCGCGCCAUUCGUCAAGGUCUUGGACGAGGAGUUCGGAAUCGUGAAGGGGACCAUGACGACAACGCACUCGUACACCGGUGACCAGAGGCUGCUGGACGCGUCCCAUCGUGACCUCCGGAGGGCCCGCGCGGCGGCGCUGAACAUCGUGCCGACGAGCACGGGCGCCGCCAAGGCCGUGGCGCUGGUGCUGCCCCAGCUGAAGGGGAAGCUGAACGGCAUCGCGCUCCGGGUGCCGACCCCGAACGUGUCCGUGGUGGACCUGGUGAUCAACACCGUGAAGACGGGCAUCACGGCGGACGACGUGAACGCGGCGUUCCGCAAGGCCGCCGACGGCCCGCUGAAUGGCGUCCUGUCGGUCUGCGACGUGCCGCUCGUGUCCGUGGACUUCAGGUGCUCCGACGUGUCCUCCACCAUCGACGCGUCGCUCACCAUGGUCAUGGGCGACGACAUGGUCAAGGUCGUCGCCUGGUACGACAACGAGUGGGGGUACAGCCAACGCGUGGUUGAUCUGGCGCACCUGGUGGCGGCCAAGUGGCCCGGCGCGGCGGCGGCUGGCAGCGGCGACCCUCUGGAGGACUUCUGCAAGGACAACCCCGAGACCGACGAGUGCAAGGUGUACGAAGCAUGA